AUGGCAAAGGCGGCAGCUGUUGGACCUUGUAUGACUGAUUGCAAGCUUUUAAGACUACAGGCACUAUUCAGUGAACUUGGGAGUGCAACAGAAGCACUAACCACGUUAUCAGGCCAAUUAACUGAAAAGUCCCAUGAAACCAGGACCCUAAACCUCCAAACCAAGGAACCAAAUCCCAUGAGGCAGGCCUGGCUUCCUCGAGAAGGACGUGUGUUGCAGCUCCUAUAUGCAGACCUCUACUAUCCGGUCUCCAAUGCCAUGGCUCUGGACAUUCAACAAUUGGUGACAGGUGAAAACACCCUGAACACCCCUACUUCGGCAGGGACCUCACAACCCUCUUCUUGCCUAGAAAUUCUGUCCAUCUCUGGAGUGUCUAAGCAGAGUCUGCAACUGCGUUCCAAGAACUCCAGAGAACUUUUAUCGGCAUCCGUAACCUCCACACUAUUACAAUUAACGGAUCAGAAAUCCUUAACCCAGACGGCUGCCCCAUCAACCAGUGUGGUCAUCAUCCGAGAUCACUGGGAUGAACACCUGCAGCUAGGGAAGGUAUUUCAACUGCCAGAUGUGCCCAGGAACCCAGGAACUAUACCUUCUUCAAGCCUUGGGGAGACCAGAGUUCCUGUGAACCAGCAAGAGAUGCUGUAUAGCAACCACAAAUUUUUCCAUGGGAACCAAGGCCAGCAGCCCUUGAGAUCCCAUGUCUCUCUGCUGUUCCUGACCACAGACCUCACGAAUCUGACACAUGCUAUAGCAAUACAUACGGUCACUAUCUUUCCCGCCCACCUCCCAUUACUCAGUCCUGAACUUCUCAGGUUUCUUGAGGUCCAUGUAAAAAAAUGGAUGCAUUUCCAGAGGUGCGUACGCCCCAGGCAUGUGGAAGAGUCUCUGAGGCAGUUUAUGAAUUAUAAUUUGAAUGCUUGUGUUGAAACAACUGGGACCAUUUCCCACAAGACUUGGGGUUCCUGUAUGCUCAGCCAGCCUACUCAGGCCUUCUGGCUUUUUAAGUGGUCCAUCAGGGACCAAUAUCAAAGCUGCCACUGCCAGAAAACCCCAAGCCCUCUGGCUCUGGCCUUGCCCUCUCCAGCCCUUAAAGUUCUAAAUAGCCUCUAUCCACAGCCUGAGAGACAGGCUGAAGACUCAGGUGAUCGUCUGAAGCAGAAGCACAGCCAGCAAUUCUGCAGCUUCUCUUGUCUAACCAGUGAGUCCUUGCUUGUCACUGACAUUGAGGUUCAAGGGAUUUCCACAAACAGGUACAUACCCCAAUUUCCCUUGAAUGUUCUUUUUUUCUUCAAUGAGCACUCCUUCCUCCUGCUCUUGACUAAUAAUCCACCCCAGUCAGCUUCACCUUCUUCCACAUCUGUCCCAAAUUUGGUGUCUCCAACUGACCAUCAACGAAACCAGAUCAAUAUCCCAUUUCGGGCUCUGGCCAAGUUCAAAGUGUUGGAGUGGAACCUCCUGCAGAGGCAGCUCCAGGUUAGGUGGCAAUUGCCAGCUGCUUUCGAGAGAUCUCAGGAUGCCCAGAGUCUCAUGCAAUAUAAGACCGGUGACACAACCCAGUCUCCAGAGACCCUGAGAUCUUCCUGGUCCAGGAAGCCCAUCUCACUCCUCAGGGGGGAACUACCCUUCUUCCCGGACCAUGCCCAGAGGCUGCUGGAGUUCCACCUCCAAAAGCAGUUAAUUCCCCAGCACGGUGGCAUGUCUCAGAGGAUCAAGCAGUCCACUGCAUUGCUCCUGUCCCGUGCUGACCAACAGCCUCUGCUCUUGAGCAGUAAAGCCUUGGACAAUGUGAAUGUCUCCUGGUCUGUAGCCCCAGAGGUCAGUGGGGUUAGUGACAUGACCUCACUCACAUUGGCCCCAGUGUUAGACUCCAUGCCACACUUGCUCACCCAGACCAAAGCAAUAGUGCAGAACCACAUCGAUUACAAAUGUUGGCAGACCCUCCAGGGCACUGUCAUUGCCCAUAUAUUUAUCUGCCAGGACUGUGGAAUUCUGGGGAAUAUGGAGGUAGCUCAGUACGCCUGCAUUCCAGAAAACAAGCUCUUAGAGCUGAAGGCAGCAACUGAUCCUGAGAUAUAUCAGAAAGUUGUGCCCUCACAGACCUCACCAGGUGCUGUCAUUGACCACACUAAGCUGUCCAGAUCCCUGCCCAAGGGACCCGUGGAGAAGCUGGGAACUAAUUUACAGGACAAACAUCUAGCCUUCCUGUCAGGGCUGCCUGAUCUCUAUUAUUUGGCUCCCUCCAAGGCCACAGGCCUGCCAAUCACUAGCCAAUCUGAAAUUGCAGAGAUAAUGCCUGAGCCUGUUGAAAUCACACCAGAGCCUCUGACUGAGAUGAUCUCCUACGAAGAACAGUGCAGAAGUCCUGGGCCAGGUCUUCAAGACGACGAGACUGGUGCUGAUGGUGCACAGGAGUUCCUUGCUGAGGUGCAGGAGGAACAAACAAAGGAGAUGGUGCAUCUAGAAAGUCAAACAAAUGCUGCUAUUCUAAAGGCACUCAAAACACCCAUCUUGACCGAACUAAAUUUCCAUCUGAGAAAAAAGGUCCUAGAAAUACAGAUGGGAAUUCCCAUAAAAGCAAGGGAGUCUCGGAACCAAACUGUAGUAGUCUCAGAGAAAUUACCCACACAGGAGGCAUCUGGGAGUCUAAACAGUGAAGGGAAAACAUGGCUCCAGAAACUCCAUAUCCCACCAAACAGUCCAUAUGCCCCAGAUCCAGAAUUGAUCUGCCUCAGAAAACAGCCGAUUUUUGAGGUGAAGACAGUACAGGAGAGAAAGAAACAAGGCAGUUCCAGAGCAGGGCCCCAUGGUUCUAUCCACUGGGUCUCCAAGAUCUCACAUCUCAGCAGGGACAUGGCAGAUGUCCAGGAGCUUUGUGCUCAGCUAGAAGCCAGAGUGAACAGCUCCAGCCUGGAAGAGGCCUGCUGCCCUGAGUCUCAAGUCCCCAGCAAGACCAAUGACUCAGCCCAAGUACCCACACUGGCAGUGAAGAAAGAGUACCCACGGAAACCGAAACCACAAGGGGACACUACAGAAUGGAAUCCAGGGUUUGGGCUGCCCUCACCUGCAGAAAACAGACCCCCUGCUGAAGACCAGAAGCCAGCAGGGUUAUCUGUGAACAGGACACCCCGAGGUCCCUGGCAAAGGAGUGUGAGCUUUGAUAUUCCAGCCCCCUCUCAGCACAGUCCUCAGUACUGUCCUCAGUUUAAGCUCCCAAAACUACCUCCAGGGGCUCUUGGGGGGAAAGAUUCUGAGAAGAAUGAUGUGGAGGACAGUGAAAGCAACCUGAAUGUCAUUACAGAACCAGGCAGGAUUCCUGGGACUGCCCAGCCUGUGGUGCCCCAGGCUUCACAGGGCCGGUCUUCGCUGGGCCCACUAAUUCAGGGUAAGCCUUUGCAGGACAAACCUUUGUGGAAUGAGAUCUCAGAGGAGGGAAUGAGACUAGCCCAUACUCAGAAGAGCCCUGGCCUUCCAGAACCUGGCUUAAGAAAUAAGGUGAAGUGCAUUUUUAGCUGUAUUCGUUCCAAGACAGUAGAUGAGAAAUCCAUGUUUUCCUCAGAGGAGAAAGUGACCAAAACGCGAAAAAAUCGUCUUAAGAAGAGCCUGGCCCCAGCCAAAGGCCUGUGGGACAAGCUAAGACAGAGAAGACAACAAAGGAUCCGAAGCCCAAUUUCUCCCCACUGA